UAGCCCUAGAGCUCCUCCGUCUUCCUCUUCCUGCUGCUCUGUUCCGUUUCUUCUUCCUUCUCCUCUGUCGAUCGCGCCUCUCUUCUGUUAAUAUUUCAGUGGGUCACUACUCCAGUAUCCGCUGAUGGUUUUGGGAAUUUACGUUUGGCUUAAUUCAGUUCUGAGGAGCUUCGAUUACCUUGUUAUGGGCAGAGUGUUUUUUUUUUUUUUUUGGUUGCAUAUCAUGAUCCAAAACCUGAACUCAUGGAGCCUCCUACUUGCUAAUUUCAGGAGUAGCAAAAUGUCAGGCCCAGGACUUGAGAGUCUUGUGGAUCAGACAAUUUCAGUUAUCACAAAUGAUGGUCGUAAUAUAGUGGGAAUCUUAAAAGGCUUUGAUCAGGCCACAAAUAUCAUUCUUGAUGAAUCUCAUGAACGUGUUUACUCCACUAAGGAAGGAGUGCAGCUGCUCGUGUUGGGUUUGUAUAUAAUAAGGGGUGACAACAUAAGUAUUGUUGGGGAACUUGAUGAAGAACUUGAUUCUCAUCUCGACUUGUCAAGUUUGAGAGCACAUCCCCUCAAGCCUGUCAUUCAUUGACAUUGACUGUGAGAGUUGUAGCUGGUAGAGCUAAAACUGUGCGAGGAAUUUAAACUGCAAGUAUUGUAAUUUGUUCUCUCUCUUCACUGAGAUUUCAAGGUUGUAGGUUCACUCAUGCUUGUGGACCAUUUCCUGUCCAGCCUGGGACAAAAUCUUAUUCAGGCUGAAACGUUGGUUGGGAAGCAUUUUAUGUUUAGAUUUCCAUUCGUAACA